AUGAGUUACAACCAGCAACCGAGUUAUAACGAUCGCCCUGCAUAUGGCGCAGGCUACAACCAGAACCCGUAUGCCAAUGCGGAACCAAACAGCUACGAACUGAGCGAAGACCCUACUAGCCUUCUCAACCGCUGCAGAGACAUCAAUGAAGGUAUCCGAGAGCUCAAGGGCAAGAGGGAAGGCCAACUUGCCGCGAUCCAGCUCGCUUACUUGGACUCGAACACGGAAAGGGAUGACCAGACCAUUCGCCAGCAGCUCGAAUACGUGGAGGAUGAGAUCACAAGAGCUUUCACUAAACUCAAGGAUGACUUGAAGAGGAUCAAGGCUACCCCGGGAUCGAAUGCCACCCACGUUCAGACCCAGCUCGAUGUCACCGGCCGCAACCUGCGCACUGAGAUCGAAAACUAUCACAAAUCCCAAUCGGAUUUCAAGAAGCGCUUGACGGAACAGGUGCGCCGGCGAUACCAGAUCGCCAACCCAGAGGCAACUCCCGAGGAGGUUGAGCAGGGCGUUGAGAAUGUUCUGGCGGGCACGGAACAGAGUUUCCAGGUCACCGGUGCUCGUGUUAAGGGAGCAAAUGAGACACGAAGUGCCGUUCAAGAGCGUUCGGCUAUGAUUCGCAGGCUUGAACAGGAGCUGAAGAAGGUGCUAGAGCUAGUUUUGGAAGUGCAGGAAGCUAUCCAGCAGCAAGAACCUGCCGUGGAGAACAUCGUCCGUGAUGCAGGAAAUGUACACCAAGAUCUUGAAAACGCAAACACCCAGCUUACAGGAGCUAUUUCCAGUGCGCGCAAGGCACGGAGGUGGAAGUGGUACGCCCUGAUCAUCGUUAUCAUCAUCAUUGCCAUCAUCGUGGGUGUUGCUGUCGGUGUCACGGCGAAGUAG